AUGCAAUUAUUUAUCAGAACUUCUUUUGAUGAAAAAGUGUCGGUAUUUGAUGUAUCAACAACGGAUACUAUUCUCAAUUUGAAACAUCAAAUACGACAGAAACUGGGAAUCCCUUUAAACAAAAUGUCAUUAACAUAUUCAGGGAAAUUACUAGAUGAAAAUAAUAAGAUGAUUUCAGAGUGUAACGUACAAAAAGAGGCAACAUUAUAUGUAUUAUACAAAGGGGGUGGUGGAACGUACUGUGCAGGUUGUAUUCUUCCUAAAUUAAUUCGUUUCUCGGCGAACGUUUCAUUAAAAUGUACUGAACCACUUUCAUUCGAUGAUGAACAACUUUUAAAUUGUCUGAAAAGUGAACUCAAUCGAGUCGAUCAAAAUGCGAUAAAUAUAAUCAUAGAAUGUGUUGACACUUGUGGAACUACAUGGGAUGAAUUACAAGUUGAUGAUGCAAAUUAUUUUCAGAAUUAUGCAGAAAAAAGACGUUCUGAAGCGACGGAUUAUUUUACAGGCACGAUUUGUCGAAUGAUUCAACGUUAUGUCAAACAAAAUCGAACAACACAAACAUUACAAAAUGAAAAUUCUUCUGUUAACGACGAAAAUGUCGACACAUCGGUCUCGAUGGACCCAGUCACAAUUGAAUGGCUGACAUUUCUACAUGAAACACGAUGUCCAAUCUGUUUCUUCCGAUUUACUAUUGAUCAAUCAGUUCCUAAGACUUCAAAUAGAUUACCCAUGAUGGUGUGUUCAGUGAGUAACAAACAUAUUGUUUGUCUUGAUUGUUGUGCAAAUCUCCGUUUUUGUCCUUUAUGCAAUGGAAAACUUCUUCAAGAUAUAUCUCUAUCUCAAUCAACAAUUGAAUCAAUAAACCAAACACAAGACAAAUUAGAGAAAUAUUGUUUUCCAUCUCAAUUAGCAAGUAAAAUUCACAUCGCACGAAAUCAACAACCAAUUGCACACGGUGCUAUGGGUAAACUCUUUCGUGUUAAGAACAAAUAUGCUGUGAAAUGUGCUCUUAUUCCAAAUGCAACUGAUACAGAACGAGCAUUGAUUAAUGAAAUUGCUGUUUCACGACCAUUGGCAUAUUUUCCAAAUCUAGUUCAAGUUUAUGGUGGUGUUCGUUUACCACAUCAUGGUAUUGGAGUUGUUAUGGAAUAUAUCGAUGGACCAACAUUAGCAGUUGCUCUUUCUGAUGAUUCAACAAUUAUUCGUAAUUUAUCAAUAGAAGAACGUUUGAAAAUAGGAUUAGGAAUUGUUCACGGUCUUCGACAACUUCAUUUGGCUAAAAUUGUUCAUCGAGAUUUCAAACCAGAAAAUAUUCUUCUUGUUCAAUCUGAUCAUGGAAUGUAUAUACCAAAAAUCGCUGAUUUUGGUGUUAGUUUUCAAAUAGCGAUUGCUUCUGCUACAUCAGUCAAAGAAUCUGGUGGAACCGUUGGUUAUGAUGCACCGGAAAUCGUUAUCGAUAACAAAUCACCAUCCAUUGCUUCUGAUAUUUAUUCAUUAGCUUUCACUCUUUAUGAACUUCUCACAGCUAAACGAAUUUUUGCUGGAUUAAGACCAACACAAAUUCUGUCGAGAUUUACAAUGCGUGGCGAACGUCCUCAAGAUUGGCCAAAUAAUAUAUGUCAACAUUUAAAAGAAAUCAUUGAACAAUCAUGGUCGAUAGAAGCUGAUCAACGAGCAACUAUUGCCACAAUUAUUUGUGCCAUUCAGAAAUCUCUUUCUCCAAAUCAAUCAUCGUGUCUUGAAAUGCUUCAAAACGCCACAAGAUCACGCAAAAAAAUCGCGACAGUUUCCUUGGAAGAUUUCAAAUCAUUCGAAUUAUUCGCGUUAAAUGAAUUUGUUAAACGCAUAUCCAUCAACGAUCGUGAAAUGAUGCAAAUUUUCAUUGAGGAAUUACCGCCGAGUUUCUAA